AUGAGCGAUCUGAACAACUUCUGCUUGAAAACAAUUAACAGAUUCCCAGGUGCAUCAAUUGUCGUUGCUGACAGAGAUGGUUUCGUCUUGGGAAAAGCCAUUAAUGGUUCGUCAGAAGAGAAGGUUAUCGAGAACUCCUUGCUGUCUACAUUCUCAUUAGCAACUGAUCAGGCAAGCAAACUUCGUCAUGGAAAGAACAAGAGCAUCGUAUCAUACUUUGGAGAUAAGGUCUUGUUCCACCUCAAUGUCAACAACAUUAUUGUUUCAAUUCUUCUAGAGUCUGAUGCCAACGUUGGAGUGUUGCUGGGAGCUCAAGAUGAGAUUGCCCGCGCACUUAACGCUCUCUCCAACUCCAUCCAAGAUGUCCACGAUUUG